AUGAAGGAGAAGGCACUUCCAGUCGCAGCAUUCGAGCAGGCACAUCAACUUAAUUCUCUUGCUCAUGAGCUCGACCAGAGGUGCGAGUGCGCCGUUGUUAGAGCAGCUUCGACUCGAGAACUUGGGGUGGUCGACUACCUCCUUGCCUCUUCAUGUCAUCCCUCAGGAGUUUCCCUCCCUCCGUCGCCUCCAUCUCACAAACAUCAACAUUUCCAAACUCCCACGAAUGCCUCAACUAACGCAGCUGGAAAUUUUGCUCCGCGAUCAGUCCGUGAUCCUGUUUUCAUCCUUACUCUCUUCGCUACGACGCUCCCCUACCUUGGAAGAGAUUCAGAUUUCCAGCUUGGUAAAGAACGAUCUCGCGGACUCCCCAUCGCGCAUCCCUUUUCCAGAGUCCAGACAGAGCAACCUCUCCUCUUACCUAAACUAGAAAGAAUCGAAAUGAUACUAUGCACCUUCAUCGAGCCGCAAAACCGCCACGCCGAACCAGAGACAUCGCCAUCACUCCACAUUUUCGAGCGGUUCCUCAAGCAACGAAAGAGCCUCAAGAAGCCGGUCGGGGAGGUGUCUCUUGUAGUGUGCCAAAUCACUCAAGAAGCGGUGGAAACCUUCGAAAAGCAUGCGCCGAUCUUCUGGGAUGGUGAAGACACUUACUAUGAAGAGGACGAAGAGGAUAACUACGACUCCGAUGAAGAGGAUGACUACGACUCCGAUGAAGAGGAUGACUACGACUCCGAUGAAGAGGACGACUACAACGUUGAUGAUAUCGAAAGCAUAUAUGGGUUGAUGUUCGGAUUAUUCUCUGAGUCUCCUCAUCGCGAUCGCGCUUCAGAAUCCAGGUCUACUCGGGCUAUUGACGCGACUGAGGUCCGACGUGCCAUCGACGAAGAGAUUGCUGAGAGGAUUGCUCUUCACGAAGCGUCAAUCCGUGAUCUCAAAACCCGACGCAAUGCGUAUAGCAACACCUCGAUACUCCCCCCGGAAGUUCUUUCAAAAAUAUUCCUUGCUGCGAAAGAUGGGAUCCCAGGUGUUCUCAAGGAAGCAAGCUGGAUGAACGUUGCCGGAGUAUGUCAGGAAUGGCGCAGCAUCGCGCUUGCUUCGCCUCGAAUGUGGUCUUCAAUUGAUAUUUCGAAACCCAAUUGCGCCUUGGAAUUCCUCAAGCGAUCCAAAUCUGCCCCUCUGCGGAUAAACUGCAAAACGAGGCCCUUAACGAUCACCGCGGCGAACGAAGAAAUGGUUAAGUCUAUUAUAGCGGAAGUCAGCCGUAUAGAGGAGCUCGAAAUCAGCGCUAUUACACAAGGCGAGAUUAUCCGGUUUCUGAGUGACGCUGGUAGUGCGCCACUGCUACGGCACCUUCGACUGGAGGUCUCGGUGAUGUCGCCCUCCCAGGAUCCAUUCCUUCUCAGUUUCAUCGAAAUGCCUUUCCUUCGUCACCUUGAUCUUGAAAGAAUCAAUAUAUCUGAAUUCCCACCACUCCCUCACCUCACGCACUUGGCCAUUUCGCUUACCUCUUGGUCCACAAUGCGGCCAUCGUCUUUACUUUCUUCUCUCCGUUGUUCCCCAAAACUAGAAGAGAUCGACAUUACUGGCCUGGUGAGGGAUAGCCCCGGAGACUCCCUCCCGCGCGUUGAGCUCCCAAACCUCAGACAUAUAGCCCUUACAUCCCUUGACCUUGAAGCAUCUGUUAUCUUCACCCACCUCGAGUAUCCGCCCAGCGCAUCCGUAGCAUUCACCAGCCUAUCCCCCCCUCUUGAAGAACCAGAUCUUUCAAGUCUGGUCAAGGUUUGUGGCCGCUUCAAUGAAAAAGGCGCUCCAGUCAUCCAUAGAGUCCACUUCGAUGGUCAUGAACUCGACGAGUCUCUCCGAUUGGACGUUACAUGUCAAGGCCCUCCGCAAGGCCCUCCGAUGUGUGAAAGGCUUACCAUCAUUCUAGAAUUGGAACUACGUCACUAUUGCGUUGCCUUCGUUGCCCUCUGUUCGGCGCUACCACUCGAAAUCGUCCCUACCUUGGGAGUAGGCGGGUUCCACGACAUGACACAGGCACAAUGGACGACCAUUUUCCAGCGUUGCAAGCGGAUUGAAAAACUUCGUCUCAACGAUGUCCACCUCCCUGUCUUUCAGACCUUGAUCAAGUCGUCGAAACGCAAAGCCAAGUCGCCUCGCCUUGUGCCUAAGCUACAGACCAUCGAGCUAUUGCGAUGUACCUUCAUUGAUCCGGACAACCACUACGCCAAUCUUCAUGACUCACCAUCGUUCACCGUGUUUGAGAGGUUCCUCAAGCAACGAAAGCACUGCAAUAUGCCAGUCAAGGAUGUGCUUAUUGAAAUGUGCGAGGUCACCGAAGAUGCAGUCGCACGCCUCGAGCAGUAUACAGACAUCGCCUGGGAUGGUGAGGAGAUGGACUCGGGGGAGGAGGAAGAAGACGACUAUUACGACUCAGAUGGAUUCGACGACUUGUAUGGGUUUGCAGGGUUCUAG